AUGGCGAAGGCAGGAAUCGCAGUCGGCUUGGCCAAGGGCCAUGUCGUCACCAAGCGCGAGAAGGUCGCCCGGCCCGCUGAGCGCAAGGGGCGUGCCUCCAAGCGUGUAAAGUUUGUGCGCGACAUCAUCAAGGAGGUUGCCGGCCAGACCCCCUACGAGAAGCGCGUCAUGGAGCUGCUGAAGGUGGGCAAGGACAAGCGCGCCCUCAAGCUCUGCAAGCGCAAGCUCGGCACCCACCUGCGUGCCAAGCGGAAGAGGGAGGAGAUGUCCACUCUGCUGCGCAAGGUCAAGAAGUGA